GUGAAUUCAAAAUAUAUUUAUCUCAAAUGUUGUUCUUCCCAUGUAAACGUUCGUCAUAAAAUAUUGGUAUCGCACACUUAAAAGUUCAUCGCUAAAGGCCCAACCCGAUCCGAAUGAGACGUCAUCUGGAUCCUCAUCAAUCACUGACAAUGCUUGCGCAUAGUUGCUAGUGGCGCGAUUAAUCAUGAAAACGAGUAGUGCUAAUUCUAGGGGUGCAAUGGGGAUUUUUAUGAAGGAUGCAUUAAUUUUGAUAAUACGUAUAGAACAAACUGGUCGGCGAUGAGGUAAACACUUGAUUAAUCGGGAAGCCAUUUGGUUCAGGAGUGGGAUACAAAUAGGAACUGUUGUGCGUCUAGUAGUUCCUAGUCGAGCACUUCUGUCGGCGGAAUGGCUCGGUCACAUUGACAGUUCACGCGUAGAGCUAGUGUGAAAGGCAGUUGUAUGUACCUGGAAGUCAUGUAUUCAGCAAAACUGAUGUCUUCUACGUCUUUUGGUCUCUGUGCUGGCGUGAAGUACCGACGUGUAGCAAAGUCUGUGGAAGUCACUUCGACACUCGUUUUUUCGCGUUCUGUGUCCCAGUGGAUUACGGAGUAUGGACAACAGAAACAUUCUCCCAAACGUCAUGCGUUCUGGAGGAAUAUUCCGCUGAGUGCCAUGUCCCGUGCUAUAAGGCAUGCUAGCACGACUGUUGUUCGAGCUGCGGCACAGUCUACCCUGGACCCCAGCGAGACCAAGAAGUUCCAGCUGCUUGCCAACAAGUGGUGGGACGUGCAGGGUGAAUUUGCCCCCCUCCACUCCAUGAACGAUCUCAGAGUCCCCUUCAUACGGUGCGUGCUUGUGGAUAAUCUGCUGAAUGUACAUAGCAGCCGGCAGUUGGGCAGACCCCUUUCUGGGAUCCGGAUACUGGACGUGGGCUGUGGAGGUGGACUGCUUACCGAGCCCCUGGGUAGGCUGGGGGCAGACGUGCUGGGGAUCGACCCUGUGGAGGACAGCAUUCGGACGGCAGAGCUUCACGGGUCGUUUGAUCCGGCCCUGAUGGAGCGGGUUCAGUACCGGGCGUGCACUCUGGAGGAGCUGUCUGAGGAGGAGGCCGAGGGCUUUGACGCUGUCGUGGCGUCCGAGGUGGUGGAACACCUGGCUGACUUGGACACCUUUGCCUGUUGCUGUCACCAAGUGCUGAAGCCAGGAGGGUCCCUCUUCAUCACCACCAUCAACAAGACCAAUCUUUCAUACGCGCUGGGCAUCGUGGCAGCCGAGAGGAUCCUCCGCAUUGUGCCUGCGGGGACGCACGACUGGGAGAAAUUCAUCAGCCCCGUGGACCUGGAGCGCCUGCUGGAGUCUAGUGGCCUCUUUGUGGAGUCGGUCCGCGGCAUGCUGUACAACCCAGUGACUGGAUCGUGGAGCUGGACUGAGAGCACUGCCAUCAACUACGCCCUCCAUGCGGUGAAGCAGAGAGAGGAACCCCCGCCUGACUGCGCCCAGUCGCCUGCCGCCGAGGCCCACGCGGGCGAGCCAGACCCCGGGGCCGGAGGGGCCCCUGGAGUAGGGGCCGGGCACCACUGAGAUCCCGGUCUUCUGCUGUGAAGAGACGGACGCUUCAGCUGCUGCCCACACAGCGCCUGGACAACACCGAGAGCAGAGAGCUGGGGGCUGUCUGCACUCUGCUGUCUCUGAUGACUGGAAGGAAAUGAUGUGGAGGAAGUGCUUGAGACACAGUUUGGGCAGUGUUGCUAAAGUAGGGAGGGAUAAGAUGGAUUGGUACCCAAUAUUGGUCCCUGUAUAAUCCAUGGACUGGAAAUGGCAGAUUUAUGAUGUUAUCUUCAUUUUCCCUUUCAAAGCCACAGCAAUACUACAGGUGCUGUUGGACUUUUACUGCACUACAUCGUGUGUGUAGGACUGUGGAGAUCCAUCUGCCUGAUGGCCGGAGUCACUAUUACGGCCUCAGAGGGAUUGCUGGCCAUGCUGUCAUGGCCCACCUCUGUCGGUUUGCUUUUGUUCAUCAGCUAACCGUGCUAAUGGUUUAUACCAUGCAGUUUGGUAGUACCUGUGUGCAUAACUCCUUUCUGGCAGCAGCAAUUCAAUGAAUUUGUCAGGAAACGGAUGAAAAAUACCAGGAGUGAUCCCAGUCCACUUAAGAGAGCUGUACUUGGCUAUGGCUAUGUGACAAUGUGAUUCAUUUACAUUUCAGUUUCAAUAAAACUUGACUAUAAUUGUUAUUUUGUGUGUAAUUGUGCUUGGGUGCAUCACUUCAUGUUAUAUAAAUUGUUUACAUGCUGCACCUGAUAGCAAAACAGGAUCAUGAUGUCGGAAUCCAAACUUCCAAAUCCAUGAAAUACUAUGCAAAGACAAAUACAACCAGCAAUUCAUAAGUUAAGUAAUAUUAUUUAAAAAUGAAUGCAGUAGUCUAUACUCCAAUUCAUAACAAACACAAGUUGUUCUCAACAAUGUUUGGUUUUUUUUCUCAAGAAGUUUGUCCUAAAUGGGUAUUUCCCCCUUUUAAAUGGUUUCACUCUUCAUGUAGUGAACGCAUGUGGUGACACCAUGUCAGUAUCAGUUUUACAGCUUGUCGGCUAACUAUCUCAAAUUUUUCGAAACUCUUCAAUAAGUCAUGUUAUUUACGAAUGAAAAUAUUGUUUUGGGAUGUUUUUAUCUCCGUAGUCAAAUUUUUAUUGUGGCCCAUAAUCCUCAUGUAUGUUUUUUAUAGUGCACUGGAAAACAAACGGAAUUCUGUAAUUAGUGCAGUGGAUUUAUCAGUCCCAUAUAAUCGAGUGAGAUGGGACGUCUUGUAUAUGAAAAAUAAGGGAUUAUCGACACUAUGUUUCACUCCCUGAUCAAAACCAGCACGUUGGAAACAUUUGUCCUUGUGUGUGAACAAUAAAGCACCGCAUUCAGAAGCCAAA